GUUGCAGUGCUGUCGUGCACAGCCUCGGGGACACGUCAGCACUGUUCUCCUCAGUGCUUGGGUGGCUCAUGCAGCUGGAACAAAGAUAUAUUUCCUUUUGUUCCUGCUGCUAGACUCUGAUUUCUGUUUUCUUUUGAGAUUACAUUGUGCACAUAUGCUUUUAUAGUUGCUGCCUCUCUUUGACCCAGAUACUUCCAUGGAAGUUAAUGACAUUAAAUGAAAAUCAAUGCAACCCAUUGCCACUCCAAGAUUUCUGCUUAAUACAAAGUAAACUUACAAUAGGGAAGGAUUUGUUAUACCAUAGACUAUACCAUUUAAGUGGAUGUAGCUGGGAAUGGAGAGAAGCAGCUCUUAUUUGGCCCCCAUGAGCAAGGGAAGCUACAGGGCAUAUAGCUAUAAAAAUGGACCAGAGGUCUCAAGCAUCGAUGUAGAGCAGAUAGGACCUUUAAAAUUUUUCCCUGAAAGGUACACAGUGGUGUUGGGCAGAAGUCUGCUAGGCUUGGAUUGUCAAAGAACUUUAUCAAUUCCUCUGGAAUUUUAACUAUUAAUUCCAGGAAGUCUAGGUGUUUCAGGAAGUGCUAUUCAAAUAUUAUGCUGUUUUUUCCGGAUGUAGCUCCUUGGACAGUACACUUACACUUAGCCUUUUCUCUGUCGGCUUGCUCUGCAGGAGAAAUCCCAAACUAUUGAGAACAAAGAUAACUUCCUGUGCCAGGUGUAUUAGCUGGAAUUAUCUCUGUUGUACAAAGAAAUAACUUUUCUCUUGAAAGUGACAUGGGAUUUUUGACAUUAGUGAAGAUUUAUCUCAUCCAGGAUGUCACUGUGCUACUAAUAAAAGCUGAUUGGACUCAUAUCAGAAGUACUGUGUUCAGUUCUCUGCUUUUCCAGAUGGAUUUAGUGCAGUUACAGAUGGUGCAGAAAAUGGCAACUGAAACAAUUUGGGGAACUGGAACAACUGUCAUAUGAGGAGACAUUGAAAAGUCUGGUACUCUUCAGUUUAGAGAAAGACAGAUAUUUAUCAUUGAGAUUUACAAAAUCAUGAAAGUGAUGAAAAAGCCAGAUGUGAAACUGUUGCCCUCCAAAUCCUGCAAUGGAAGAACUAGAGGGCACUCAGUGAAGGUAGGAGAUAAGGUUUAAAACAAAGAAAAGAAGGUAGUCCUUCAUUUUUUGGAACUCCAGGUAGUGAAUUUUUUUACCAUGGUAGGUAGCAAAGGUAAGGGUAUCAGCAGGUUCAGAAGAGGUCAGAUAAUUUCAUAGAUAAAAACAGAACUGCUAAUGGACAGUAAGGUUGUGUGCCCUGUAACAUCAUUGUGAAUGGGGGAGGGAGGAUGGGGCAGGAGGAAUGGACCCCAAAAGCAGCCAGGCUUCAGACUUUUCCCUAAACAGUAUCUUUAAAUAGCACUGGUGGAAGUCAGGUCCUAGGACAGAUGGGACCAGUCAUCUGACCUUGCAGGGCAUUUUUUCUGCCAUACAGUACCACACUCUGUUCUGCUUUGAAAGGGUUUUAUUGUUAGAGCAUUGAAUUCUCAUAAGGAUAAUCAAGAAAAAAAAUGGUAGCGUGUUAAUACUCCAUUGUUGAUACCUGAAAUAUUAAUGUGUUUUUAAGUCUGAUCUAUUGAUAGUCAAAUGCCUGCCUGUUACUGUGCAUGUCACUAACGUGGCAUUUGAUUGGAAAAUGUACAACUUGGAAAAUGAAUUUUAAGUUUGUAUGUUUAUUUUUCUUGGCAGUGAGUUUUGGUUAUCUCAGAAGGGAAAAGCUAUCCAGGUGCAGUGAAGCUGUGUGGUGCCACGAGUGCUCUGGCAGGAAGCUCCCUGCUCCGAUGGCUCUGCCACCUCCGGAUCCGCAGUUUGUGCUCAGAGGUACCAGUGCUGCAGUCCACACUCUGCAUUUUUCCUGUGGAGGCCCAGAACCUGACAUCCCCCUUCUUUUCUCUGGGUCUGAGAAUGGGUUCAUCCAUGUCUGGAACCUGAAAACACACAGAGUGGACACAGCAUUGGAUGGCCAUGGAAGAAAAUCUGUCUGCUGCGUGGAGACAAUGGGUAGUAAAGACAGGCUUCUCAGUCAGGGGCGCGACCAGAGGAUCUGCUUGUGGGAUUUAGCAGAGGGACGGACUUCAGUGACGGAUUCUGUCUUCACGGAGCAUGUGGGAUUCUGCAGAUGCUCUCUGUUAAAGGUGGCGCAGGGACGCUGGCUAAUGGCCAUGGCAGCCAGAAGCCUGGAGGAGGUUCAGAUUUUGGAGCUGCCGUCCAAGACAUCAGUCUGUACCUUGAAACCAGAGGUGGGUGCCAAGCUGGGCAUGCCCAUGUGUCUGAAGUUACAGCAGCUCAGCUGUGGUUCACACCCUGUGCUUCUGGCUGGCUAUGAAGAUGGAUCAGUUGUCCUCUGGAACGUGUCGAUGGGAAAAGCAUUGAGCCGACUCGUUUGCCACCAGGAGCCAGUGAUGAGCCUUGACUUUGACUCGGAGAAGGCCAAAGGGAUCUCAGGCUCAUCUGAAAAGGUGCUGAGCAUCUGGAGCCUCAAUGAGCAACAGAACCUCCAGGUUUACAAAACACACGAACUUGUCAACGCUGGCAUAUCUGAUAUCACCAUCCGUCCAGACAAGAAGAUUUUGGCAACAGCAGGGUGGGAUCAUCGCAUCAGGAUCUUCGGGUGGAAGAAGCUGAAGCCCUUAGCAGUGCUGGACUAUCACACAGCAACCGUCCACUGCGUGUCCUUCUCAGACCACAGCACGCCCCGGCACAGACUGCUGGCAGCGGGCUCCAGAGAUCAGCGCAUCAGUGUCUGGUCCAUAUAUGCUCAGACAUGACCCACCUGCACUGCCAUGGACUAGGAAAACAGCACUGGUGAAGCAGCUCUAGCACUGUCAUUCAAACGUGCGUGUGGGGAAGUGCUAGAAUCUGUCUCCAGGCUGAAGUGAGAGUCCUAGGUUAAUUCUUAUGCUGCUUGUUUAAGCUAUAAGUUUUGUCUUCCAUAGAGGAAAGUGGAUUUUUAAGAUUCCUAACAAGCAGAACAAGGCCAGUCAUAAAGAAAGACCAAAGUUGCUUCGGGUUCUGCUACAGGUUUUGCAACACCUUUCCUUUGGCAGGUUGCUGACAUAACUUGUGCCAAUAUCUUUUGUAAAAACGGACUGGAAUCCCUCGAACUGCAGUGGGGGCAGAAUAUGUCUGUUUGUAAGUCAUUUAUGUAUCCAAGAAUCUGAAUCAGUGUAAAACAUUACUCUUUCUUGAAAAUUUAUACCCAUUAAACCACCUCCAGUGGUUUCUCAUUGUCAGUUACUUUUUCUUCCCCUAACUGAAAGGCUAUCAGAACACCCUUGAUUUGUUCACACUUCUGUCAGUUUCUAACUUAAACCAACAGCCAGGAAUGUGACUGGGAUGGCCUUCGGGGUUUAUGAAUUUCAUUAUGUCUCCUGUCACCUCAAGCCUCACAAUUAAUCACAAGAAAGAAAGGAAAAAAAAUCUUCCCUAACAUUGCACUGCAAAGCUAUGUAAAGCCUUUUACAGAGCCAGUGCUAAAUCCUUUCCAUAGACUGAUGAGCUGAAGGAUUUAAACUCGACAAUCCAAUUAGCGCCCUUCUCCUUGGAGAGUCAGGGCUAAGUUUCAGCGUGGAAAGUCAGGGAUUGAGCUGCACAGCUCCCAUUAACAUUUAGGGGAGUCGCACGGGUAAAUCCUUAUCCACACGGUGCAAAUGGUUCCAUUAACUUGUCAUCUCUACAGUCAUGGAAACUGAAAUUCAUUCAUCAAAGUGUUUUUGUUUGACUCACAAAGCAGCAUUUGCAUUCUUCUAAAGCAUAUUAGACGCACACCAGUGUGUGGGAGCCAGGGUACUGCUGGAUUCUGCCACAAAGCUGCAGUGACAACUGUGUCCAGGCUCUACACUGUUGAUACUUUAUUGGAAAUAAUUGUUUCUGCUCUGUAGAGAGGUGGAAAUCAAAGAAAAAGUGACCAAAAGUGAACAGCAACAUCAAAGACUUUGAAAAUUAUUUCAGAGAAAACACACGUGCAAAUUAAGGUUUGGGUCUGUUACCCAGCUGUGCCUUGCAGACAGAGAAUAUUGCUGGACUGAAAGCCUGAAGCACCCAGCCUGACCUUCUUUACAUUAAAACACAGAACCAGGAUACUGUUGCCAGGCUUUUCUAAAUAAAACGUGGCCUUACACAUUUUAGAGUGUGGUGACACUUUAAAUAAUGCAUUUCUUUGAUUAUUUCUUUACUAUUCAGUAGCUGCAUGGAGGAUCACGUUGCAGUUGAAAGUUAAAGCUUAAUUUUGAGUGAUCCUGAGUCAAGGGGAGGUGAUGGUGUUCAUUACAUCUACCAGACAGAACUGCACAUCUCCACCCAUCAUCCACCUCCCACACAGAAGAGGAGCUGCCCCCACUGUACAAGCAGCUCCAGCCUCAGCCUUGUGGAAUGAGAUGCAGUCACCCUCCACACACCUGCUGCUGGAAGAACCCUUUUCUUUUGCUGUUUUUCCCCUUUCUCAAAGUUGGUCAGAAUUGACACAAAGAAACAAUGAAAUAAAUAAAUGGAGAAGGUGCUGUUGCAUGUGGUCCAGGGGCCUGUCCUAGGGAGUUUGCACAGGGAGUUCCCUGUGCCUGAGCUGUCUGGUACAACACCACACGUGUGGCCCAGGGGUGCCAGCAUUUCUCCUCCAUGGCAGCAAAGAGCAGCCUGCACUGUUGGGCAGUUUGCACAGAAGUGAGCUGUAAGUUUAAUGCUCAUCCAGCAGGAAAGGAAAUGCAGGGCUCACCCAUCCUGGGCAAAUGGUUAGGGUAAGGAACCAUUUUUGAUGCAAAUACUCUGGCAUUGGCACAGUGUGACCCCUCUGGAAAGAAGGAUUAAUACCCCAUGCCUUAUCGAGAUCAGAGGCUGAAAGUUAGGAAUUAUUGAGUAUAUUUUCUCUGAAAAUUGCCAUUUACUGUCAACAUCUGUAUCUAAAGCAAUUAGGGAGACUCAUAAGGGAUGUUUAGAUUUACGAAUGAGUCUUUUGGAAGAUGCUCUAAAUUUAGAUUACUGGAUGCUUUCUUCUAAAUUACUACCUUUUGAUGAGAAUUAAAUAUUUAUGUUUGUCUGAUUAGGUAGCUUUAAAAACAAAUUUAGUCACGCAAGUACAAAUUGAAAAUGAGGACAUGAACUGCAUCUCAGACACACAGGUGAGAGUUUCACCAUCUUCAGGAGGAAGGACACAGGUUGCAGGGCUGCUUGCAGGAACAGACUCAUCCUUUACUUCCCAUUACCAAGGCACAAUCCAUGUCAUGCUUUUUCACAAUACAAUUAAUUCAUUAACACUUUAUAUCACUGCUGAUUUUAUUUAAACACCCGGAAAACAGAUUUUUCUUUCACAUUAUAGUUUCCUUGAAAUGAGCAACCAAACUACCCUAGUUUGAUUUAGAGUUGAGCCUAAAUGCCAUGGUUUGAUUGUGAAUUACAGUCUUCUAACAGUUUAUUUGCCUAAGGAACUAACCUGGACUUCCCCAAACAAGAAUGGUUUCCAACAGGAAAGACAGUCUGUAUCAGUAUAGGCUGUAAAACACAAUUGUCUGAUUCUAACAUAACUGUAAAAUGCAGAUGUCUGAUUGCAUCUAAGAAAUUAAUUUCUUUUAAUUAAAAAAAAAAAAUUCAA